ACUUUCUCUGAGCUGGACAAAAUGCCCACAGUGACUUUCCAUUGCUCCACACCAGGCUGGACAUCGUAGGAGAGGAAGUUACUCAUCCCACUGCCUCCCCUGCAGACUGCUCUUGGCUUUGGGUGGAUGCUUGAGAGAGGAGGAUAAGGCACAAGAGUCUGGGACUGGUGGAAUGGAGGCCUGAUGUAGAUGGAAAGAUGGAUGAAGAAGAAGCUCUGAACUCUAUUAUGAAGGAUUUGGCAGCGUUGGGCAAGUGUGGGGGGCUGCUGGACAACAACAGGAAUAAAAACAGCGUCCACUCCAACAAACAGCAGCGAAGUGUCAGGAUCAAGUUUGAAUAUGAAGGAGAGAAAAGGAUUAUCCAGUUUCCAAGGCCAGUCAAAUUCAAGGAGGUGGUGCAGAAGGUCACGGAUGCUUUUGGACAGACGAUGGACUUGGUCUGUGUGAACAAUGAGCUCCUGAUCCCAUUGAAAUCCCAGGAAGAUUUGGACAAAGCGAUGGAACAGUUGGAGCUGAGCCCUUCCCUGAAGAGCCUGCGGAUCCUUGUGAGCGCUCCAAAGAAAGCGAAUCUCCUGCAGCCAAACAACAGCAAGCAGCACGAGAUGAGGAUCUCCAGAUCCAUGGGCGAUAUCAUGGGAUCCCUGUACAAAGACUCCGAGAGGACGCGCAAAUAUUCGACAGGCUCCCUGCACACCGGGCGCAGCUCUCCGCCGCCGGGCAGCGUUCCCGAGGAGCAGCAGCAGAUCGCCCGCCAGGGCUCCUACACCAGCAUCAACAGCGAGGGCGAGUUCAUCCCCGAGACCAUGGAGCAGAACAUGCUUGAAGCUUUCAUCAGCCCCGAUGACUCGCUGUCUGGGAGCUGCCAGUCGCUGGACAGAUCUGUGGACAGCCCUCCCUUUCCCCAAACCCCUGUUCCUGGAAGGAAGAGCCAUCCCAAAGACGGUCUUGAUUGCAUGGAUUUUGACAUCCCGUUCUGUGAGAGGUUUGGGAAAGGUGGCACCUUCCCAAGGCAGUACCAUCUCUCCCAAAGUCGCAAGGACUACAGCGACGGCCGGAGGACUUUCCCCAGGAGUUACUUCCCACAGGAGAACCUGUUCCAGCUCGUCCCUUCCAGCAGAACCAAGAGCUUUACUGGGGACAGCAAGCUCAGCACCUUGCAGUAUGAUGAGUACAGGCCCAAGUGUUGGAACAAUUGUGAAAAGGGUCUGCAGGCCUUCAGCACCUCCCCUACGAAAGCCAGGAACUCCCUGCAGGCACCUGUGAACUGGAGGCUGGGGAAGCUGCUGGGAAGAGGAGCUUUUGGGGAAGUUUAUCUCUGCUAUGAUGCUGACACCGGGCGGGAGCUGUCAGUGAAGCAGGUGCCUUUCGACCCUGACAGCCAGGAGACAAGUAAAGAGGUGAAUGCUUUAGAAUGUGAGAUUCAGCUGCUGAAGACUCUCCGUCACGACAGGAUCGUGCAGUACUAUGGGUGCCUGCGGGAUCCUGAGGAGAAGAAAUUGUCUAUCUUUGUGGAAUACAUGCCAGGAGGCUCAAUAAAGGACCAGCUAAAAGCUUACGGUGCUCUGACCGAGAAUGUCACACGGAAGUACACCAGGCAGAUCCUGCAGGGAGUCUUCUACCUACACAGCAAUAUGAUUGUCCACAGGGAUAUUAAAGGUGCCAAUAUUCUGAGAGAUUCUGCUGGAAAUGUGAAACUUGGAGAUUUUGGGGCCAGCAAACGCAUCCAGACCAUCUGCAUGUCUGGGACUGGGAUUAAAUCUGUCACAGGAACACCAUACUGGAUGAGCCCCGAGGUUAUCAGCGGAGAGGGCUAUGGAAGGAAAGCUGAUGUGUGGAGCGUGGCCUGCACCGUGGUGGAGAUGUUAACGGAGAAGCCGCCCUGGGCAGAGUUCGAGGCCAUGGCAGCGAUUUUUAAAAUCGCCACGCAGCCGACCAACCCCCAGCUCCCCGACGGCGUCUCCAGCUCCUGCCGCAACUUCCUCAAGCAGAUCUUCGUGGAGGAGAAGCGGAGGCCGACGGCCGAGGACCUGCUGAGACACCCUUUCAUCAGCUGCGGGCUCUGAGCGCUGGCAGCGGGGAUGGGAAGCGCUGGCAGCGGGGAUGGGAAGCGCUGGCAGCGGGGAUGGGAAGCGCUGGCAGCGGGGA